AUGAAAAAGCACUAUCCCGGAAUUGAGACAGCUUUCGACAUAGAACGAAAUGCUUCUAUCAAUUUUGUAAACAAUCCUCCAAUCUUUGACUUUGCUCGCCCAUAUAUGCCAAGAGUGAACUUUGUUGGAGGUUUGCACUGCCACAAUGCCACGGAUCUUGGAGGAGCAUUAAAUGACUUUGUUAAAGCUGCCAACGACAACGAAGGUUUUGUUCUGAUUACAAGUGGUUUCACAGCCCAAUGGGAUAAGGCUCCCAAGUGGGUGAAGGUAAGUGGGAUUUUCCGUCAAAAUUUGCUGCCAUGGUAUAAUUUCAAACUUUUCAGGAUGUUUUCUUGGGCGCUUUCCGAGCAUUGCCUAAGGUGCGAUUCGUUUGGCAGUACAAUGGUAACCCAAUAUCUCAAUUACCGCCAAAUGUGUUCGUGCAGUCUUGGCUACCUCAACAGGAUCUUUUGGGUAAUUGCUACAAGUGAUGCCCCCACUGUUUUAUUUAUUCCCAUUUUUUUGGGACAAGGCAAAAAAGCUCUUUCAGGUCAUCCGAAAUGUCGUGCACACAUUUCACAUGGUGGAAUUAAUAGCGUUAUUGAGUCGGUGUGGCAUGGUGUUCCAACAAUAGGCAUCCCUUUGACUGUAGCUGGUUACGACAAUCUCUUGAGGAUAUCCGCACGAAAAGCUGGGCUACUUAUUCCUAAAACAGAACUCACUCAAGACAAACUUAUUUGGGCUCUUAAUGAGAUACGGAAAAAGACAUACAAAGAAGAAAUGCUAGUGUUCCAAGACAUGCUGCGUGAUGUUCCAUACACGGAACUUACACAUGCUGCAUUCUGGGUGGAGUUCAUUGAAAGACAUCAAGAGGUUUGCGAAAUAAAUAAUGUUAUUACCAUGCCUUAAUC